CAAAUUGGGAAAAAAAUGUUAAACGACACAAAUAUUACAGAGGAAAGGUUCACACCUUUAUCUCUCCAUGUGGUAGUGUUGAGCAUCGUGUUCAUGGGUAUUGACAUAGUGUUUAGCCUGCUGACAAACGUUUUACUGAUGAUGACAAUUAUUAAUGCGCCGAGUCUGCGAACUCCACCAAACAAUCACCUGCUGAAUAUUGGGGUGAAUAACGUCCUUUUGUGUUUUUGUAUGAUAUUAUCAUUGGUAAGUGUCGGAACAAGGAGAGAAGAUCUCGUCAACGUUCAGUCUUUCACUGGAUUCCAAUUGUUUAUUGUCUCAAAUUGCUCUUUGCAGUACUUGUGUGCAUUCGCAUCUAUAUGCAUCUACCGAAAGACAACUAUCAAACGACCGUCAUUAUGUCUACGCAUGCGAAAAAGAAUGGUAACACGUUCAAUUUUAUGUAGCUGGAUUACUUCAGUGUUACUUUCUAUUAUUUUCUGCUUAUCUUUUAUGCCAAAUGAUGAUCGGGCUUGUGAUACAUUAAACCCCUUCCAAAGGGAAUUUCGAAGUUGUGAUAGUACUAAACGCCUUACAUCAGAACAGUUGGUUGUUUUGGUUAUUUACCUCGGAAUAUAUAUAACUGGACUUGUUAUUAUUUUUUCGUCGUACUAUAAUAUUUGCAAAUCUCUGAAUUUGACUGGAUCUUUUGGGAAAAGUCGAGUAUCGCCAUGGAAUAGAAACUUGAGUCUGUCUUCUGACCCAGGGACUGAUUCAGCUGACCAAACACAGCAGUUGAAUAGUGACAGCGAUUUUGUGAAACCGUAUACUAUAUCCUCUGGUAACUGUGAUGAUAUCAUCGUGCAUUACCAACGCAGUGAACAUGCACUUACGUUUGAAGACAUAUUUGCUCUUGAAAAUCCAAUCCUUGCCACAAAGUUAAAACAAAACGUUUUCGAAAAAAGGCCAUUAAAGCCAACUCUCUCGAACACGAGCACACAAUCAACAAAGUCCAAACACUGCACAUUUACAGAUAUAUCUCCAGAUGGGAACUUGCAGAGAAUCCAGAACAUCAAAAAUGCGUCAGCGUUACGAAACCAGUCACUGAGGAGAGACAGAAUAAGUUUAAGCAGCGCAACAAAGAACAGUUUUAUAAUGUUUGUGGCGUAUUUGGUUUGCUCACUUCCGCUCUUGGUGCUGGGAAUUCCUGGAAUUCUGGACUUCCUGUCUACGGAUUCCCGCGUACUCACACUUGUCGUGUGUCGUCUGCUUUUUUACAUUAAUGCAUGUUUUUACCCCUUGUGGUAUCUAUUAUUCAGUAAACGUGUUCGACAGUGCCUUUUAAGACUUUUGGAAAAUAUUUUGGUAAGGUUGCAGGUCAGAAGGUAACAAGUAUUUAUAUCCUUGAUUUUUCUCUCGGAAAUAUCACUAUUCGAUACGUACAAUGUAUGUUUAAUUGGUGCAAUUUUAACGAACAAAUGUGUUAUUAGUUGUAUGGUGCAAGUCUUGCACACGAGGAAGCCAUCGUUGUUCCUUUGCUGUAUACACAUGUACCUAUGUAAUUAUUAAGUCUGAAUUUGAUUCAGACUAGCCUUUUCUGUUGCCUUAAUCUAGGACAUGACUUGGUGUUCUCCUUGUUUUGAUUUUCCUAACAAUGAAAAUGCAAUCAUAUCUCUUUAAUUUUUUAUCUUUAUUAAAAUUCUUGAAUCAAAGUCACGAUCCUAGUAUAUUAUGUUCUGUUAUGUUUCUUUGUUUUGA